AUGAAAACUUCACCAGCAACCAGCAGUCAAAAAACCAGCAGUGAUUUCCCACGUAUUGUUCCAAAGUUUCCUCCAGAGGUAACCCCGAAGACUUUGAUACAGAAAGCAAUUGUGAAAUACAAGAGUCUUGGACAAACGUCAAGGAUUCCAAAUGCGUUUAUUGCUUAUCGUGUAGCUUUUUGUAAAGAACUUCGUUCGAUGAAGCAUCCAGUUAUUACGCAACCGCAACUUUCAUCGAUGGCUAAACAAAGCUGGCUGAGUGAACCGGAAGAAGUACGAAAGGAAUAUCAAAGAAUCGCAUUAGAGGCUAAAGAUUUAUAUAAACAUCUUGUUCGUAUGAAUUUACCAGCGAGAUUAGAAAAAGAGAAAAAUUUGCAGCUUCAGUCACAAAAACUAAAUAGCAAUAAUAACAGUCAGUUUAUUCGAGUAGAAACUCCCGCAAGUCCAUUGCAAUCAUUGCAAAGUUCUUCCGUAUCUGAAACAGAAGAUUAUGUCGAUCAAAUAACCAUCCCUUCAUCGAACUUUCACUCGUCAGUCGAUGAAAACGAACAACCAAUAGUGGGUCAUGAAAUUUCGCCAAUUUAUAACUAUUCUCCAACUUUCAACAUACCAACUUAUACAAGCACAUUUUUCACAUCACCACCACCGUUAGAAAAUGAUUUCACUUACGAAACAUCUUAUUUUGCGAAUCCGUUUCAGCCAGAAAUUAAUUCAUUAAAUAAUUAUAACCAAACGCAAAUGUCUUCCUCGAUACCUUCUUUUUUUUCGACGAAUUACGAUUUUAUUGAUCAACUUGGAUCAUCGAAUUAUAUUAAAGAAACUACAAUUUCAUCGAAUAUUUCGAAAAAACAACAACAGAGUUUACCGACUUCGUCUUCAUCAUCACCAAAUGUGUGCGACUGUUGUAAAAACGAAAAUACUGUUCUGAAAAAUCGUGUAAAAGAGCUCGAAUCUCAAUUGGCUUUAUUGACUAGCGGUCAAAGUCAAGAAAAAACAGCCUAA